AUGCAGUCAACUCAAGUAUGCGAGUUCCAGACAAUCAUCCAGAAAAACCCGGUACUUGCCUCAACGGGCUGCACUCCGCAGUUCUGCCAGGCCGGAAGGUUGAUUCACUCAGAUGAGCCAAGGGUGGGAGAGACUCGUCCUCUUGAAGUGGUGAAGCAGGAAGCCUUGGGUUUCUUGUGGCAACUAUGGCAAGAGGGAGUUUACACAGAAUCGCAGUACAUGGUGAGACACGUCGAGAUUCUCCAGUCCCUUGAAGAAUCAGAGGUCAUUGAGCCAAUGCUGGUGGAUGGUGUAAAGACUCUUGGAAAAACAGCGACGUGGACUCAGACUGCAGAGGAGCUCUUACAUGGAAUCCGACUUGCAUGGAAAAACUCGCGGAAAUGUAUCAUGAGGUCACAUUAUAAGGAGCUAGACCUAUGCGAUCUUCGGCAUGUUACGACAAGUGUUGGGAUGGUCAAGGCCGUCAUUGAGGAGGCAACUAAAGCAUUUAACAAGGGACAGAUUAGGCCAACAGGCGUCGGCACAGGCCCAAUGUUCCUGAGCAAACAAUUGCUCAACUUCGCUGGUUACCUACAAGAUGAUGGUUCCAUUCUGGGUGACCCUAGUAAUGUGGAGCUAACACAAGACAUCAUCGAGCUUGGGUGGGCACCACCAGAGCCAAGAAGCCAUUGGGACAUUCUACCCAUAGUUGCUAUGGCAGAUAAUGACGCGCCUGCAUGGGCGGAUGUUCCAGAUGAACUCCGUGAUUUAGUAGACAUCUGUCAUCCUAGAUUCGAGAAUUUCCAGAAGCUUGGUCUAAAGUGGUAUCAAUUUCCUGCCCUCAGCAGGCUGGGAUUUGAUAUUGGCGGAGUACAGUAUACUGCGACACCGUUCAUUGGUUGGUAUAUGGAUGCGGAGAUUGGUGUCCGUAAUCUUGCCGAUUCAUUUCGCUACAAUGCUUUACCUGGCGUUGCCAAAGCCCUUGGCUUUGAUAUCGAGAAUUAUAAGAAGAAUCCCGAAUAUGCCGAGAUCGAGGCAAUGGAAGACCUACCGGACUAUGAACAGUUGGUUUGGAUGUCACGGGCACAGGCAGAGCUAAACUAUGCCGUGCGAUGGUCCUUUCUGCAGAAAGGGGUUUCCUGCAUUGGGACUUUGGCUGCCUCCUCAGAUUGGACACGAUUUGACGACGAGCAUGCUUCGAAGCACGGGUACAGGCUUAAUUCUGACCCAUAUUGGAUAGCACCUCCUCAAGGCUCCAUAGUCCCAGUGUGGCACCGUGGUGGCGCUCCAAACUACCAGCCAAAACCGCUGAUAGCGAGGCAUCGAUUCGAUCCUGUAAAAUCCUGGCGCCGCCGACGCGAUGUUGUCAAGGCUCCUGUAACCCGACUUGUGAAAGUUGAGGGAGAUUGGGUGGCUGAACCUGUCACGCCAGUACAACGCGCACUGUCUAUCGCAAACGGCACCAACGGCCUUCGAAAUGGGGUACCAGCCAUCCCGAAGAGAAUGGUGCAUAUUUAUUACAGUAGCACAGGAACCAGUGCGCUAAAGCUAGCUGAAAAGCUUCAAAAACGGGUGAAGGAGCUUCCCGGUGGCUUCCAAGUGCACUUUGACAUUCUCAAUCUGUUGGACCUUCGCAAAAUUCAACCCUCCGACCCCCUUCUAAUGGUGGUCUCAACCACCGGUGACGGACGGUUCCCUGCGAAUGGCGCUGAGUUUGAAGCUGCAAUGAACGACAGGGCCCAAGAGUAUAAUGGCGCACUCGCAAUCAAGUACUCUAUUUUGGGAGUUGGAGACAGCGCCUACCCUACAUUUAAUGCAGCCUCUGUCAAACUCCACGAGUUCAUGAAAGUGGUUGGCGGCAUUCCGAUCGCGAAUGGGCUUACAAAAGGCAAUACAGCGGUAGAAGCACUGCCCAUGAAAGCUUUUAACCGGUGGUGGGCCUUGGUCAAGGAUUCAUUAACUGGGGAAGGCGGCAAUCAAAUUACAAAUGAAUCGACUGAGGAUGAGUGUUUGGAACACUACAGGAUGCUAGAAACAUUCAAACCGGGUAGGCUGCUGAGUAAAGCCCCUGCUGAGUCAGGAGAUGGAGGAAUAGUCAUGAUAACCAUGGAUCUGGGCGAUAUGGACUACAUCGAGAUGAGCCACCUGAGACUUUUGCCCUACAAUACGCCGAACCAAGUUGGCAGGGUGCUGACGGCUUUGGGAGUCAGCAACGCCAAUCACCCCGUACCAUUUGCCGAUCCCACGAUGCCGGUUUUGAGCUACGCAGACCUUUUCCGGAAUUAUGUGGACCUCGAAGGACAGUUUAAAGAUCUUGCGUGGCUGUCUGAAGCCUUUCCCUCAGGUGACAGAUGGGAUACGGAUGGGACAGUCCUUGAGGUCUUGGAGCGUCUUCCAGCCCUACAGCAGGUCCCAGAUACACUCCGCAUGAAGGUCUGCCUUGACAUGCCGCUACUUCGUCCGCGCUCAUUCUCCGUUGCCUCCUCUGCGAAGUAUCUCGGGAAAGGCCUAGUAGAAAUCAUGAUCAGGCUCCACAAGGGUGGGCGCUUCAGCGACAAAUUCCUGUCUGCGAUUACCCCGGGCGAUUUGGUCGGGUACUCUCCGGUUCGUAUCAUCCCAGGAGAGGAUCUCAUUUCCUCCGAGAGACACCUUAUCGCAAUUUGCACCGGAACCGGGUUUGCUCCAAUUCGAAGUUUACUACAACAGAAGAUACACGUUCGUAAAGAGGCAGAAUCACGUGGCAUGGAGUUCCUGUUUCAAUCGCCCCCUAUUAGCAUUUUUGUUGGUUUCAAGGCUCACGACGAAGCCUUGUUCGAAGAAACACUUUCUACUGCCCAGCAGUAUGGUCUGAUUGAUAUGCUCUUUCGGGUACCUAGCAAUAGGCAGAAGAGACGAGUGCAACACUAUGUCCAGGACAAUAAAGAAGGCAUUCUAGCCAAGAUCAGGGAGGGUUCAAUCUAUGUUUGUGGAGCAAAGGCAAUGGUUAAUGAUACGGCGGCGAAGUUGAGUGAUAUGAUCGGUGGAGAUGUGAGGCAGAAUCUCGGCCGUCGUUAUGUGGAGGAGAUUUUUUAA